AUGAUCAACUACUCUAGAUCACCACGGGCUUCCCCGAUCGUGGUGAUCAUCAAGAAGAAUGGAGUGGAUAUCAGGUUAUGUAUCGAUUAUCGGCUGGUUAACAGCUUAACUCAGCUGAUGAUCUAUCCAAUGCCCUUGAUCAACGACCUACUUGAAGAUCUGGAGUCGACACUUUGGUACUGUUCUUUGGAUAUGGCGAGUGGAUUUUGGGUAGUGAAAAUGACGGAUCGUGCGCGCCUGAUCUCGGCUUUUAUCAUUCCCUUCGGGUUAUUUGAGUGGAACCGGAUGCCUUUCGGCUUGAAGAAUGCGCCCCAGAUCUAUCAGCGCAUGAUCGACAACGCGCUAUACGGAUUCACCCGGAUCCCGAAGUCUGAAGAUCACGGAGGUACUUUGGAUGUGUUUGAGGACGGGGAACCGGCGGAUCCAGGCAAGCCAUCGGUGCUUGGGCGCAGAUCCUACAUCGACGACAUCCUGAUACCAGCCGAUAACUGGGAUCAACUAUGA